ACCUACAAACAAACUGUUUCCAAGUCAGCGCUUUGACAGGGCGCCGUGUUUGUCCUGCGGCGAAGCCGAGGCGUUACGUUUUGAAAGGUUGACUCCAGCACAUAGUAGUAGACAUAGAGAACGGGCAUGAGUUGAACAGAGAAAAGAACAGUUUUGAGACUGGGAUAACUCUCUUUUAAUUCAAGCUCUGUCAGCUAUCUAAGUAAAGUCUCGUUCUCGAAGGAACCAUUGGAGUACACGGCAAGAAGUCAUUUAACACCGACCUCCGAUGCAAAGGCUCCAUGGCAUAAACCCUGUCCUCAGUUUGAGGUGGUCCCUGAGGAAAACUGCAGAGAGGCUUACCCAUCUGACGCCCCGCUGCCAUUUUCCACAGCCUUAGGGGAACCCGGGAAGCAGCCGGCAGGAGCCAUGCCUGCCCUGGCCACUGGAGCAGGCCACGAGCCAGGUCUGUAUGAGCUGCUGGCGGCUUUGCCCUCUCAGCUGCAGCCUCAUGUCAGCUGCCCAGAGGACAACACCUUCCUCCAGAACAUGUUUGGGGAGAGGAGCCUUCACUCGUUGAUCAAGAUCCACGAAUGUCUGCAGCACUAUGAGGAGAGCAAACCCACUCCCGCCCUGGACAACACUGCAGCUCUAGCCCACGAAUUGUCGGAGGAGCUGGAAGGGAAACCGGCCAAUGGAGAAAUCAAAGAACUUCUCAAACUACUGGCCAAACCCCACGUCAAGAGUCUUCUGAUGGUCCACGAUAUGGUUGCCCUGAAGAGUUAUGACCCUGAACUACCUCCGCUGCCUGAUGACCUCGACGAUGAUGAGGAUUCAGUAAAAAUCAUUAGACUGGUCAAGAACAAGGAGCCUCUCGGAGCAACAAUAAUUCGUGACGACCACACGGGAGCUAUCCUUGUGGCUCGAAUCAUGAGAGGAGGGGCAGCAGACAGAAGUGGACUGAUUCAUGUUGGGGAUGAACUGAAGGAAGUGAAUGGAAUCCCUGUUGAUGACAAAAAACCAGAGGAAAUCAUCCGUAUUCUGGCCCAGUCACAAGGAGCUAUUACUUUUAAAGUUGUUCCUGCCAUGAAGGCAGAGACACCAACCAAGGAGCCAAAGAUGUUUUUGAAGGCACUCUUUGACUUUGACCCUAAAGAGGACAAAGCCAUCCCAUGUAAGGAGGCUGGACUUGCCUUUAAGAAGGGCUCCAUCCUUCAGAUCAUGAGCCAAGAUGACGCAACAUGGUGGCAGGCCAAACUUGAGGGUGACGCUAACCCUCGUGCUGGCUUAAUCCCAUCCAAACAGUUCCAGGAGAGGAGAUUUGCACAGCGACAACCUGUUGCCACGCUACCGUUCCAGAGGACCUCGAGCAAGCGAUCAUUGUUACAGGUUGCACCACAGACACGUAUCCCUAACUCUGUCUCACUAGAUGAUGUGACGGUAGAGUUUGCUGAGGAGAUUGAAGAGGAUGCUGAGUAUAGUAGCGGAUUUCACCUAGCCGGGUUCAGGAGGAGCUUCCGUCUCAGCAAGAGAGACAAGAAGAAGACCAACAAGUCCAUGUACGAGUGUAAGAAAAGCGACAUGUACGACAUGGCCGACGUGCCCACGUAUGAGGAGGUGGCCCCGUACCGCAGGCAGAGCGGAGCCAGACACAGGCUGGUGGUCUUAGUAGGACCCACAGGCGUCGGCCUGAGUGAGCUGCAGAGGAAGCUGUUGAUCUCUGACCCUCAGCACUUCAGUGUGACUGUCGCACACACAAGUCGUUCCAAGAGGAGCCAGGAGAGCGACGGUGUGGAGUACCACUUCAUCUCCAAAAGUCUUUUCGAGACGGACAUCUACAACAACAAGUUCAUCGAAUACGGCGAAUACAAAGGCAAUUACUAUGGCACGAGCUUCGACUCAAUUCGAUCCAUCCUCUCCAGGAACAAAGUUUGCCUGUUGGAUGUUCAGCCUCAUACAAUAAAGCACCUGCGGACGGCAGAGUUGAAACCCUUCGUUGUGUUCGUGAAGCCGCCGUCACUCGAGAGAUUGCAGGAGACCAGAAAGAAUGCCAGAACCUUAUCGGGCAAGGAGGACAAGGGAUCCACAAAGCCAUACACGGAGGAGGACUUCCAGGAGAUGCUGAGCACCGCCCAGUCCAUGGAGAAUCAGUACGGUCAUCUGUUUGAUAAGGUCAUCGUGAAUGAUGACCUCUCUGCAGCCUUCAGCGAGCUGCGGUUGGCACUAAGGAAAGUGGAGAUGGAGACUCACUGGGUUCCAGUCAGCUGGACUCACUCCUGAGACCCAUGCAUACAAUGCUGUGAAAAGGCAAAAAGGGAAGGGCUCUGACAAAAAAUAUGCAGGUUUUUAUUCUUUUUUUUAUAUAUAUACAUACUGUAAAUAUACAAAGUGGGGACGGGGAAGAACGAGUAAAAGACUCCACACAGCUGUGCGGCCUACCUGAGCUGCCCAGACCUAAAAGUACGUUUUUUGUCUGGAGUCGGGUAGGAUUUAGAUCUCAGCUGCGGUCUGGACAUGAACCUCCAGGUCUGACCAGAUCUGACAGGGCUGAGGCUAACGGCGUCCCUCCAGAAUAUGUGCCUUGGACAUCGAACUGGAUCACAAUUUAGGUCACACAACCAUGGCCAUGAGUUGGAGCUCUUUGGUCCAAACCAGAAUGUGGAACGAGCCUGGAUCCUCGUAGCACCAGCAGUCCUGCCAGCACAUCACCCUCCUUGCCAACCGGGACUCCUUUUUGUAGCGCGUGUAUAACAUUAGAGCAUUAGAAACCAAAGGGAUUGGCAACCUACAUGUAUAUGUGUGCAAGAGAACACACAUUCUGAGGAGUUAAAGAGGAGAAAAGAAAACAUACUCUGUUGUAUUAUACAUCUGUGCUUUCAUGACUGUUUCUCCAAACAAAAAAUGUCAGGUACUCUCUUAAGAAAGGGCAAAAAGUGUAAUUUAAUUUAAGAGAAAUUAAUAUAUUUUCUAAUAUCUUCCAGGUGUUUUUAUUUGCAUACCCUUUACACACUUAUCUUAACUCUCUUCUUCUGAAUGGUAGCCUAGUCUGACAGCUUUUUACACUCAAGGCAUCUCCUCUUUCAGUCCAAUGUUUUGAUUUCAUCACCCUAGUCUAGUUUUCCAUCUACAAAGCACAUAAAGAGCUUUUUUUUUUAUUAUUUAGUUGUUAUAUAUUCCAUUUAGGAGCAUUUUGACAAGCCACCCUUCAUAAGAAGGUGCCCAGCAUAACAACUUGGCCGUUUAAAGCCCCAGAACUGGACACUCUUGGCUGUCUCUUAGAAGAAAAUGUUCACAAUUCUGUUUUAUAAGGGUGGAGGCUCUAUUUUUAUUCACAUAAAAAUGGCUUCAGCAAAGCUGCUAAUAGUCGCCUCAUAGCAGCACACUUCCAGGAUUUCAAUUUAGAGAAAUACUAAGUAGCCGCUCCGGACUUUAUGAGCAUUAGACAUUUAUUGCUAAUUUUAGUCUACAGUUCCCAAGUCUAGCUUAAUCUUUUCCUUUUUUUUGUACUCAGUACAUUUAAUAUUUAUUAUUAUAGAAAAGAAAUGCUUAGCGCUAACUGCUGGGAGACUGAUUUAAAAUGUUCCAUGGUUCUGUCAUUACCAUUAGCAUCAUUACAGUUCUUGUAGAUUCAUGAUUCUAUUAUGCUAACGUUGGGAACAGUUGCUGAGGGUAAUCUGAUGGAUUAGAAGGGCAGCAUUUCAAGAAGUCAAUGAAUAUGAAUGCUAAAUAUUCUGUUUGAGCUGCGUCUGAGCUUCAUGUGGCUGGAAUCAGGGGAGUAUAGCCCGCGACAUUAAUGUUCAACACACACGUCGACACAACUGCACCUCAGUUCCCACCCCCAGCUAAUACCCACAAUUUAUCUAGAGUACACACAAGUCUAACAACAGUGACAACAACAGGCCUGUAUAUAUUAUACUGACAUGGAGAUGUUACGCUCUGGCAGGUUAAAUCAUUUGUCCAUGGGUGAUAGACUCUGAAUAGCACUUGACAUGCUAGCUAACUAGCUGCCAGCUAAACCAGAAACCAUUUAACAAGCUGAAAGGGAAUUGCUUCUUAGCAUUGUGGCGAUGGACACACUUCCUUAUAAACCAAUAAAUCAAUUCCCCUCUAGUACUUGUAUACUGGGACAAUGGCUGUAGUCCAGCCCAAUAGUGCAGUCUUGCUACAACCAUAGCUCACUUUAUUGUGUGUAGAAGUGUACUAAGUUAGCCUAAAGUAUGUUUAAACUUCUCAGGGCCUAUAGUUCAUGAUGCUCGCUCAGACGCGUACGAAUACACUGACAACAGACACAUAGAGUAUGUAAAGUCAGACCGCUUCAAUCUCAUUUGGUCUUCAAUUUUUAUUUUUGCUGACGCU